GCAUGCGCACUCCAGUGGGAAAGUUAAAGCUGAACUUCAUAGUCAGGACGGGGGGAAAAAGUAGCAGAAAUAUAAUAGUAGCAGGGAAUUGACAUGGCAUUUCGCCGAAGAAACAAGAGUUACCCUUUCUUCAGCCAGGAGUUCCUCAUCCAAAACCAUGCCGACAUCGUUUUCAGUUUGGUGAUUUUCAUUUUGAUUGGAUUGAUGUUUGAGGCAACAGCAAAGACGGCUAUACUAUUUAUUCAGCCUCAGUACAAUAUCACCACAUUGUCACCAGAGGGAGAGGUGACGUUGUAUCAUUACGGAUGGAAGGACUGUGCCACUAUCCUUUUCUACUUCUUCAUCGCCAUCAUCCUCCAUGCAGUGGUGCAGGAGUAUCUGCUGGAUAAAAUCAACAGACGUCUCCAUCUUUCCAAGAGCAAAAACACCAAGUUCAACGAGUCGGGUCAACUGUGUGUGUUUCAUUUGGUGUCCAGUGUGUGGAGCUUCUACGUUCUAAUAACGGAAGGAUAUCUUCUGCAUCCCAGCAGACUUUGGGAAAACUAUCCACACGCACACCUCAGGUUCCAGGUGAAGUUUUUCUACCUCACUCAGUUGGCCUACUGGCUCCAUGCUUUGCCUGAGCUUUACUUCCAGAAAGUGCGCAAGGAGGAGAUCUCCCGUCAGCUGCAAUACAUCAGCUUGUAUUUGCUCCACAUCUUUGCAGCAUAUUUGUUAAAUUUGAACCGUGUGGGUGUGGUGCUCCUCUUCCUCCAGUAUCUGUCAGAACUGGGCUUCCACAUCGCCAGACUCUUCUACUUCACAGAUGAAAACCACCAGAAAAUGUUUGACCUUUGGGCGGUUGGUUUCGUAUUUACUCGCAUGUCUACCCUUACGCUCAUGUUUCUCGCCGUCGGUUUCGGUUUGGCUCGUUCCGAGAACCAGGUGCUGGACUGGGCGACGGGCAACUUUAACACUGUGCUAAUAAGGAUGACUGUUCUUCUCCUGGUUUGCCUGACACAAUCUUGGCUUCUUUGGAAGUUUAUCCGCUUCCAGCUGAGGCGCUGGAGGGAGUUCAGACACGAGCAGGCCGUUCGCAAGAAGGCCGCCACCAAACAAGCUCUUCGGCCACUCAAGCGAGACUCUUUUGGACAUUAUGAAAACGGAUUUCUUAAAGCUGAGAAUGGUGCCUCUCCUCGGAUCAAAAAACUCAAAUCCCCGUAAGAAAACACUCGGACUGAGCUGAGCGGUGACCUCAGUGCAAGCUGAGGAUCCUCAACAGAACAGGGGGAGCUGGUGUAUCCUGGUUGAUUUCCAUCCCGACACGCCCCUGGGACUUGGUCACUACAGACUUAGCCUUGAAUGCUGGAAACUGAAAUUCCAAGGAUGUUCCUUGAGCCCAUGAGACUUUUCCUCUCCUCAUCAUAUCAGUAUUUGUUUUAAGACAUCCACAUGUCCUGCUUCCCCACGUUUAGCAGCACCACUGGGUGCAGAAUGACAGAAGUGUACAGCAAACACAGUAUGUAGCACAUGUUACUGUGUAGCAACUUUUGAAUGUGUUGAUGUAUAUCCUCAUUACAUAAGUACUGUAUUGCUCGUCUGAUUGCCGUUGAGCCAGCUUUGCUUCUAUUUCCACUCGGGUCCAUUUGGGCAGGAUAAUGUUACUGAUAAGAUAUCAUACACGCUUACUGUAAACCAGCCUUAAUGUUAGCCCUUACCUGUCGGAGGUAAGGAGAGGGAUUUUGGUCAUCAGAUUUGUGCCCAAAGUUCCUCCCAAAUAAAUCAUGUCUUGCAUUUGUCAUUCAUCAUUAUGUAUGUUACCGCAUGCCAUUCCAUGAAUUGUCAAUAUCAAUAAUGAGUAAUGCAAUUUUCUGACAAACUGGUGUAGUGGUCUUACU